AUGAAGAAAAAAAAAUGAAGAAGUAAAGAGAAGUUGGAGAAUAUGAAGAAGGAGAUGGACAUUGAUGACCACGAGAUCACUGAAGAGCUGGAAGAGAAAUAUGACACCAGUAUAGAGGAGGCGGAGGAGGUCCUGCUCCGGGACGGACUGAAUGAGCUGAAGCCCCCCAAGGGGACCCCGGAGUACGUGAAAUUUGCCCGCCAGUUGGCCGGGGGCCUUCAGUGCUUGAUGUGGGUGGCGUCCGUCAUCUGCUUCACGCCUUUGGCAUUGAGACAGAGCCGAGGAAACCUAGCCGGUUACGAUGAUCUCUACCACGCUGUCACUCUCAUCGCUGUGGUGGUUGUCACUGGAUGUUUUGGAUAUUAUCAGGAGUUUAAAAGCACCCAUAUCAUCGCCAGUUUCAAGAAUCUGGUCCCUCAGCAAGCGACGGUGAUCCGCAAUGGGGAAAAGUUCCAGUUGAACGCUAACCUGCUGGUGGUCGGUGAUCUGGUGGAGAUCAAAGGUGGUGAUCGAGUCCCAGCCGACAUUCGGGUUAUUACCUCCAGUGGCAUAAAGGUUGAUAACUCCUCUCUCACUGGGGAAUCUGAGCCACAAUCUAAAGGACCUGAAUGUACCCACAGCAACCCCCUGGAGACUAAAAACAUUGCAUUCUUCUCUACUACCUGCCUGGAAGGAACCGGGACUGGGAUCAUCAUUAACACAGGGGACCGCACCAUCAUCGGACGGAUUGCGAGUCUGGCGUCGGGUGUCGGAAAUGAGAAGACGCCCAUCGCCAUUGAGAUCGAGCACUUUGUCGACAUCAUUGCUGGCUUGGCCAUCUUCUUUGGCGCCACCUUCUUCUGCGUCGCCAUGGUGAUUGGCUACCAGUUCCUGGAAGCUAUGAUCUUCUUUAUGGCCAUCGUGGUGGCUUAUGUACCCGAGGGUCUCCUGGCAACCGUCACGGUUUGCCUCUCGCUAACGGCAAAGCGUCUGGCUCGUAAGAAUUGUGUGGUGAAGAAUCUGGAGGCGGUCGAGACACUGGGGUCAACCUCAGUCAUCUGUUCUGAUAAGACCGGAACUUUGACCCAGAACAGAAUGACUGUCUCCCAUCUCUGGUUCGACAAUCAGAUCCAUUCAGCAGAUACCACUGAGGAUCAGUCAGGCCACAGCUUUGACCAGACGUCGGAUACAUGGCGCGCUGUCUCUCGUGUUGCCACACUGUGUAAUCGUGCGAUGUUCAAACCCAACCAGGACGGCAUCCCAAUCCCGAAGAGAGAGGUUAUUGGAGAUGCCUCUGAGACUGCUUUGCUGAAAUUCACCGAGCUGACCAUUGGUAAUGUUUUGGAUUACCGACAUCGGUUCAAGAAAAUCUGCGAGAUUCCGUUCAACUCCACCAACAAGUUCCAGCUGUCGAUCCACGAAAUGGAGGACCCACUGGAUCUGCGAUAUCUAAUGGUAAUGAAGGGAGCUCCAGAACGUAUCCUCGAACGCUGUGCAACCAUCAUGAUCAAGGGACAGGAGCUACCGCUGGAUGAACAAUGGAAGGAGGCGUUUCAGACUGCAUACAUGGAUCUCGGAGGACUGGGAGAGAGGGUGCUGGGAUUCUGUCACAUUUACCUGAAUGAGAAGGAAUUUCCCCGAGGAUUCUCUUUUGACACGGAUGACAUGAAUUUUCCCACCAGUGGCCUGUGUUUCGAUGGCCUCAUUUCCAUGAUUGAUCCUCCCAGAGCUACAGUACCAGACGCUGUGGUUAAAUGUAGGACCGCAGGGAUCAGGGUGAUUAUGGUUACUGGUGACCACCCCAUCACUGCCAAGGCAAUUGCUGCCAGUGUGGGGAUCAUCUCCGAGGGCAGUGAGACAGUUGAGGAUAUUGCAGCUCGCAAGAGGAUUCCUGUCGAACAGGUGGACAGGCGGGAUGCCAGAGCGGCUGUAGUUAAUGGUGGACAGCUGAAGGAUAUGACCUCCGAUGAGCUGGUGGAUAUGUUACGCUCCCACCCGGAGAUGGUGUUUGCCCGCACAUCACCCCAACAGAAGCUGAUCAUUGUGGAGAGCUGUCAGAAACUGGGCUCCAUCGUUGCUGUAACUGGAGAUGGAGUCAACGACUCACCGGCACUGAAGAAAGCGGACAUCGGAAUUGCGAUGGGGAUCGCGGGAUCAGACGCUGCCAAGAAUGCAGCAGACAUGAUUCUCCUGGACGAUAACUUUGCCUCAAUUGUAACUGGAGUAGAGCAAGGGCGCCUCAUUUUUGACAACCUGAAGAAGUCGAUUGCCUACACGCUGACAAAGAACAUUCCGGAACUGGCUCCUUACCUCAUCUACAUCACCAUGAGCGUCCCACUGCCCCUGGGCUGCAUCACUAUUCUCUUCAUCGAGCUGGCCACUGACAUCUUCCCCUCGGUGUCUCUUGCCUACGAGAAAGCAGAGAGCGAUAUCAUGAAUCUGAAGCCUCGUAACCCUCGCAAAGACCGGCUGGUGAACGAGCAGCUCGCAGUAUAUUCCUACUUCCAGAUCGGGGUCAUUCAGUCGUUUGCUGGAUUCACCGACUAUUUCACCGCCAUGGUUCAGGAGGGCUGGUACCCUCUGCUGUGCAUUGGACUCCGGGCCCAGUGGGAAGACCAGAGCCUCAACUCGCUGGAGGACAGUUAUGGACAGGAGUGGACAUACUGGCAGCGCCGAUACCAACAGUACACGUGUUACACUGUCUUCUUCAUCAGCAUUGAGAUGUGUCAGAUCGCUGAUUGCCUCAUCAGAAAGACCAGGCGUCUCUCCAUGUUUCAGCAGGGUGUCUUCAGGAACAAGGUCUUGCUCUCCGCCAUCAUCUUCCAAGUAUUGCUGGGUAACUUCCUGUGCUACUGCCCUGGAAUGCCCAAUAUUUUUAACUUCAUGCCAAUACGCGGACAGUGGUGGUUCGUACCCAUCCCAUUUGGAAUCUUGAUAUUCGUGUAUGACGAGAUCAGGAAACUCGGAGUGCGUAGGCAUCCUGGAAGUUGGUGGGAUAAGGAACUGUAUUACUGAAAACUCCAUCGAUGCAAAGAUUACGAAUGUCCUACAUUGUCCCGAUUCAAUAUCUACAUUUUGUGCAAGGAGUAUGAAAACUCAAAC